GGCGACAUGGAGCCGGUGCGGCAGGCGCUGCUGGUGCUGCUGGUGGCCGUCGUGGGCCUGCAGGCGGCCACGCAUGCGCCCAAGGUGCAGGUCUACUCCCGCCACCCGGUCACGUUCGGCGCCGAGAACGUCCUCAACUGCUACGCGGAGGAUUUCCACCCUCCCAAGAUCCACAUGACCCUCCUGCAGGACGACAAGCCCAUGCCCAACGUGCAGUACUCGGACAUGUCCUUCAGCGACAACUGGACUUUCCGGCGCCUCGCCUACGCCGCCUUCGUGCCCGCCAAAGGCUCCGUUUACACCUGCAGGGUGGAGCACGUCGCCCUCCCGGAGCCGCAGACGUUCAARUGGGAUCCAGACUUCUAGGCUGCGCCUGGGAUAGCUGUGGUUUCACAGCUUGCAAGCUGAUACCUACUUAAGUUUUUGUCCCUUUUUCACGUCCCGCUUGAUGAGGAAGAUGAAUCAUCUUGAUCGCACACGAAACGCCUUCUCCGUAGAGUGCUGUCUGCCAGAGCUGAAAUGCUAGCAUUAACUCGCUGGRUUGCGUUCCCUGCCUUCUUCACCGUGGAAUUAAAAUGCUGGGGAAUUAAGAUGGGAGGAAAAGCACGUGGAGGGCUCUCUGCCCUCGAGGCAGAUGAUCCACAAACGCAGCAGUGCUCCAGAACCUGCUCCGAACUGGCAGGUUCGGAUGGUGAUUUUAGAGGAAUCAAGUUUUUGUAAAGCACUGGCCUCUUCUUGGAGAUGAAUGAUGUCAUUGYGUUCUGUUGAGCCCUUUGGAAGUCCUGCCCAUUUGAAACAUCUGCUUGUCCUGAUAGUUUUGGCUGCAUCCUCAGCUGUGUAGGUUGGUAGGAGCACUUUUAAUAGAGCAACUAUUAAAGCUUUUAAUAAAAAAUUAAAUUGCAUAAAACUAAAUUGCCUGAAUUUUUUAGAGGCAGCGUGCUACCUAGGCAUUCUCUGUGCAUGUUAACUGUAUAUCUACAUUACCAAUUAAAUGAUUAUGCAACUUUUUAAAUGCUGAACUGUACAGAA